AUGGCUGAAAGGGGCGGCGAAGGGCGUUUCAGGGGCGGCUUCGGCGGCCGCGGCCGCGGUGGAGACAGGGGAGGACGCGGCCGCGGCCCCCGCCGCUCCCGCCGCGACAACGAGGAGCAGAAGUGGGUGCCUGUGACGAAGCUUGGCCGUCUGCUGUCUGUGAUUCCGGUGAGGAGAGGCUACUGGGGUAACAAGAUCGGAAAGCCACACACCGUGCCGUGCAAGGUCACCGGGAAGUGUGGGUCCGUCACCGUGAGGAUGGUCCCCGCGCCCCGUGGGUCCGGGAUUGUGGCGGCGCGUGUGCCGAAGAAGGUGCUCCAGUUUGCUGGUAUCGAGGAUGUUUUUACCUCCUCCCGUGGAUCCACGAAGACUCUUGGUAACUUUGUCAAGGCAACUUUCGACUGUUUGUUGAAGACUUAUGGCUUCUUAACUCCCGACUUCUGGAAAGAGACCCGAUUCACAAAAUCACCAUUCCAAGAGUUCACUGAUCUUUUGGCGGUGCCUACUGCUAAGAUUGUCCAGAUAACUGAGGACACUGAAGCUUGA